CGGCGGGCGGGGGCGGGGGGGCGUGACCGGCGGCGCUGCGAGCGGCUUGUUGUGCGCUGCGGAGCCGUUCGCCUCCCGCUGCACGGCCGCGCCGAACCGCAGCGAGAUACGUUAUAAGAUGUCUAAUGGUUAUGAAGAUCACAUGGCUGAAGAUUGCAGAGAUGACAUCGGCAGAACAAAUCUCAUUGUGAACUACCUCCCCCAGAACAUGACGCAGGAUGAGCUGCGGAGCCUCUUCAGCAGUAUCGGCGAAGUUGAAUCUGCAAAGCUGAUUCGGGACAAAGUUGCAGGACACAGCUUAGGCUAUGGUUUUGUGAACUACGUUACUGCAAAAGAUGCAGAAAGAGCAAUAAACACACUGAACGGCCUCAGACUGCAGUCAAAAACUAUCAAGGUCUCCUAUGCUCGUCCAAGUUCUGAAGUUAUCAAGGACGCUAAUUUAUACAUCAGUGGGCUCCCGAGGUCGAUGACACAGAAGGAUGUAGAAGAUAUGUUCUCACGUUUUGGACGCAUCAUCAAUUCCCGUGUGCUCGUGGAUCAAACCACAGGUUUAUCCAGAGGGGUCGCAUUUAUCCGGUUUGACAAAAGGUCAGAAGCAGAAGAGGCAAUUACAAAUUUCAAUGGUCACAAACCCCCAGGUUCCUCCGAACCCAUCACGGUGAAGUUUGCAGCCAAUCCCAACCAGAACAAAAACGUGGCACUGUUGUCCCAGCUGUGUCAUUCACCAGCGAGGCGGUUCGGAGGGCCGGUCCACCACCAGGCGCAGAGAUUCAGGUCAGCAGAGAAUCAGGAUCUGCCACCGCCAUGUCCUUGGCAGAGAGCAGCACGUGUACCGCAUUUAAGUGGUUUGCAUAUCACCAGUGGUACACCACAGUUUGGGAACCCCUGGUUCUCUCCUAUGGGUGUAGAUCACAUGAGUGGGCUUUCUGGUGUAAAUGUUCCAGGAAACGCAUCUUCUGGCUGGUGUAUCUUCAUCUACAACCUUGGUCAAGAUGCUGAUGAGGGAAUCCUCUGGCAGAUGUUUGGCCCCUUUGGUGCGGUUACCAAUGUGAAAGUUAUUCGGGAUUUCAACACCAACAAGUGCAAAGGUUUUGGUUUUGUGACCAUGACAAACUAUGAAGAAGCUGCAAUGGCCAUAGCAAGUCUUAAUGGCUACCGCCUGGGGGACAAAAUCUUACAGGUUUCCUUCAAAACCAACAAGUCCCACAAAUAACUUGCUCGUGCUUUUUGUAUGGAAUAGAUAAUGGAGUGACAGAAGUUGAAACAUUUUUGUUAGUGUAAAACUCAUUUUGCGCCAAUUUUCACAAGUGUUUGUCUUAGUCUAAAUGAGAAGUGGAAAAGGUUUUAUAUUCUGGGAUGCAACUGACAUGUUCAAAUGUUUGAAAUCCCACAAUGUUAGACCAAUUUUAAGUUGCUUUAAGUUAUUUCAUUUAAAAACAUGUUAAAAAAUAAUAAUAAUAACAACCCCCUGAAAUCUGAAGUAGAUUGCAUUUAACUAGACCCUCUGGAUGGUGGUAAAAUUGGAGCAUGCUUUCACUUAUGAGACUAACAUUUGUUCCAUUGAAUGUUGUCUGCAAAAACUGGAAUCUCUUCUAAAAACUAUCAGGCUGAAUUAAUGGAUUUGCUUGUUUCUCAUGUUGUUGUUUUUCUCACCCAUUCUCCUGACCCCUCUGCCCCCCCCCCCAACUCACUGGUAUGGAAGAAAAGUUGAGAAAUACUAAUGUUUUAGUUGACAGUAAAUUUGUUUUGCCGAUUAAUACUCAUUGCUACGUGUCGUUGAGGAUUACGCUUUAUAAAGUCGAGGUCUUGUAAGUAGUAGCAUGCCAGCAUAACUUUUAACACCAUUGGUGAGGUAAGUUGCACACCGAGCGGUGGCCCAGCUGUCAAAUUGAAAGGUUUUAGCAACAUUUCCUUUUAAAGCCCAACAUUUUUAAUAGGAACGGACCAAAGAGUUUCAAAGAAACUCCGGGAAGAUUUCAGAGUCAAAAUGAAACUCCACAAAAGUGUGAAUAUGUGUCGCUACGUUAUCAAACUGAAUCUCUUCUGUCCAGAUAUUUAAUGCAUGGUGCACUACUUACUGGUACAUUAUAACGCAGCAAGAUACUCGUUUUCAAAGAUCAUUAUAGUCUGAAUUCCUUUGGUAGUUCUAUUUUGUAAAGAAAAAAAAAAUUGUAAACAUUUGAGCAUUGUAUUUCUCGCAUCCCUUCUAAUGAGUGCUAGAUUUUUCUAUUUUAAUAGGAUUUUGUUUUGACAACUAGCUUUACUUAUUGAACACUCAGCAGAAAAGUACUUACGACUUGCAAGUUAGAUAUUAACAAAGAAAACCCUUUGAUUUGUAGAUUUAAAGAUUAAUCCCCCAAGUUUUCUGCAGACUGCCUUGAAACUUUGAGUUGUUCUGUUUCUGUUAAUUUUCUUUUGCUUUUUUGUGUUUUUUGUUUGUUUUUACUUUUGCAUUUAAGAACAUUAAAUUUGAUUUUGUUUUGCUCAAAUUUUGUUUUGUUUUUUAUUUUCUGUUAUUUUUUUGCUUAAGUAUUGCACAAAACGUCCAGCUUUCAAGAAAGUGUUGUUUUAUAAAGAGCGUAGUUCCUCUUAAAGAGUCUUAAUUUCGUCCUUUGACAGAUGAGUAGAAGAAAAAGGGAUGUGAAAUGAGAGCACUGCAGUCCAUCUGUCACAUAGAGCCUGUGUGCCCCGGGCCGACGUAACCCUGCGGUGCUCUUUGGUAGGAGGCCUGGGACGGAUUUGGGGUACAGGCUGUGUGAGGAUGCUGUGCGUGGUAGAGACGUGCUCUGUGCGACCUCCAGGUAGGUUCAGUUGCCAAAAAGUUAGGGCAGAUGGGAAGCUGGGUCAGUUCUGUUGCAGUGUCUCCUUUUCGUGUGAACCUCUGCCGGUCCCAAGCUGCGUUCCUGUGCCAGAGGCUGAUCCUGGCUGCCUGCAGCGCUCCCAUCCCCUGCUGACCUUGCCUUGCGUUGGAGAACCUCACUUUCCUUCUUGCAGCAGGACUAGCAGUCGCCCCAGGAAACCUGCACUUCAUCUCUGCACAGCACAGCCUGAGAGCAGCUGAACGCACUGCCCAGCUCCGGUGCUUGCUCUCAGCACUGCCUGGGAUCUGCUGCUGCUGGUAGCUGUGGGUACGGACAGGGCGCAGUGAGCGCCUCCCGCUGCCUUUGAGCAACGUAGGCAGUGUUUGCCCUUUGCACGUUCUGCCUCGCCAGUCCUGCCCGUCCUGCUUGCUCUCUUCUGAGAAGCCCAAUAAAAAGUACAGCAUUCCAGGACGGGGAAUGGAAGCCCACUUUGGCACAGUGGUGCUUUGUAGGGCAGUGGCUGUGCCGGAGCAGUCCCCGUUCCCAAGCGUGCUGUCUGCCAUCCACUUCUGGCUGUCUCUUCCAGCAUCUAUUCCAGAUGUUUCUGUGUUUAUCAUCCAUUUAUCACUUCAACAAAACCUUUUCUGUUGUGCAGGAGAAGGUUUAGAAGCGCUGUUGGGAUUUCUCCCAGAUCACAGCUGCUCAGUGCAGAGCAGUCUUUUGCUGUGUCCCAUCACCUCACUACUUCACUGUUCCACUGGAGUGAACCUCAAGUGGUUUCCAGUUUCCUCUGAUUCUCUCUUGCCUUGUUUCAUGUAAGAUUUUUGUAACCAAAAGGCAGCUGCUGCUUUACCAGUGGAUCAUGCUGAGAUCCACUCUUCCCAAAUCCAACUUUGCAUCCAUCACCAUUACAGGCAUGCUGCUCUUCACACCACUGCUUGCUCACCAACAACCUCAUUCUCUUUUAACUUUUCUUGGAGGCUUUUUAGCACAACUGUCAUCCAACUGCUUCCUUAUUUCCCCCUCUCCUAUUCUUUACUAAAUAAGAAGGAAAUUCAGGAUAUUGUUUCAGUAGAGCUAUGGAAGUUUCCCCUAAGAGGUGUCUGAUCCUGGACUUGUUUGGUAGUUGCUCUGGGAACAGUUCCUGGGCAGUUCAGCCAAGCAAAGCGUUGCCUCUUGAGUCAGGAAAGGAGGAAGAAAGUGUCCCACUAAAACACCAAGAGCUGACGGUGGCAGAAGCACUUGGUCUGUUGGCUGUGCCGUUCUCACAGUCAGUGUUUGGCUUUAGCAGCUGAGCUCAAGAAAUUAAGCGUAUGUAUUCUUGAUGCUUUUGGCCCUAAACUGUAACCUAUGCAUUGCACUGGUAAAGGGCAAAAAGAAGCUGCUGGAAGUGGAAGCUGGCUUGUAAGACCAGAAAGGUGCAAAGAGCUGGCCGUCCUUCCCACAUCAUCCACACACCUCUCUUUCAGGCUGAGCCCUGAUUUCACCUCUUUCCAAAGCAGUCUUGGCCUCAUAGCUCUCAGGGACUUGAAGGUAAGAAAGGUUAUCUGCAGUUUUCAUCCUUUCAUUCGAGGUGUUGUGGUUCCUUUCAGGUGACCCUUCUGUCUAUGGAUCACAAGGUCUUACAAGAACGUGACUGGAGCUUGGUCGUGUUGCUCAGCAGUCCCAUCCUAUUGCUGCUUAGGGUGUUACGAUGGGAUUUUCAGGAGCUGGGUUCUGUAGACCAUCCAGGAGAUGUUUUAUAUGGUGUCAGGACCCUGAAUGUGGAACGCUCUCCUUCUCUUACUCAACAUCCAUCCAUUUCUCUGCUUCUGUUUUUCCAACACCUGCUGUGCUUGGCAGCCCCAAGGGAUGGCUGUGCUGUUUGGGACUGCGCCAGCCCUGCAGGGUGGGCUGUGUUCUUCAGGGACUGCAGGGUUUCACUCUAAAACGAGACAGUGCUGAGCAGAGAGCUGUCCUGAGGGUGGCUCAGAGCUGCCCCUAAACUUCUCUGAAAAUGUUCUGGAGUUGAGCUGCGUUGUGCAGAACUUAACAAACAAACAAACCCACUAAAAUGCAGGGGGUUUUUUUAGGUUGAAAAAUUAAAAAAAAAAAAAAAAAAAAAA